AAAACUUCAGUCCAUUUUCGGAGUAAGGAUAUCGGUGUUAUAAUAGAAUUUUGUGUCAAAACUUCAUUGUUGAACUAAGGAUCAAUUCUGUGAGAAAAGCAAUGGAUUCCUUCUUCAGUUUGUUCGAUCCUUCUGAAGGGAAGCAGAGCUCGAAGAAAAAACAGCGGCCGGAGACAGAAGCAGUCAAGAAGAAAACAGAAGGACCUAAAGGCAGGAGGAGGGGUAGACGCGCCCAUGGUAAAAACGAAACGCUACCGGAGCAAUCGUCAUUCUUGUGCGAGCCGGAGCUGAGUACAGACGUGCUGGUUAAGGACGGCAGCUAUAUUGAGAGCUUUAUUGCGCUCAACAAAGACGAAGAUGCUAAAAAUGACGACAAAAAGCCAAAAAGGCGUAACUCAGGCCGCAAAGGGCGUCGGAAAAAAAACAAAAUCUCCCCACUGAAAGAAACUACGGGUUGCGCCUGGUCAGAACCCGAAGCUACCAGUUGGAACAACCAAACUGAAGUUAGGAGCGAUCCGAAGAACACCAGUGACGUUGGCAAGAAUGUGAAUGACCUUAAAGAGAACUACAAGAACAACCACAGGAAAGACAGCGAUGAUUUCCAAGAUUUCGACGAAUCCGUGUACAAUGUAAUAGACAAGUUAGAGAAGGUCGGUCUAAAGGACGAUAUGUACUUAGCCGGGGACUUCAAUACUGACGAGUUGGAAAACGAUUUCUUCAGCUCUGAAGAGAUGGAAGAUUCUUUUGAUGACACUGCUUCCGAGCCUGAUGACUCGAGCGAAGAAGUGUAUGGCAGUCUACCACCAGAGCCCAGGUUCGGCAAUGUGGAAUAUAAACUUCAGCUGGUUUCACCAUGCGAGAGGAGAUUUCAACACCUAGUCACACAGUUGAAAUGGCGACUCCGCUCUGGCGGGGGAAGUGCAGUAUACGUUCUAGGGGUAAGGGACUGCGGAGCCCUCCGGGGAUUGAGAGCGAAGGCACUUAGGGCUUCGCUGCACUCUCUGAGGAGAAUGGCCAGAGCGUUAUCGGCAACAUUGACUCAUAUAACAGCGCGAAGGGUAGCUCCACACAGAGCAGUCGCCGAAGUAUAUAUAAGAAAGCUAGCGGACACCCAUCAAAGUGUUGAAUUGCGAGUGGCGGUAAUGGGGGCGAACGAAGCUGGCAAAUCUACCCUUAUUGGAGUUCUUACGCAAGGGGAACUCGAUAACGGCAGAGGCAGUGCUCGUUUGAACAUGUUCCGGCAUUUGCACGAAGUUAAGAGUGGUCGCACCUCGUCGCUGAGCCACGAGAUAUUGGGGUUCGAUGCUCAGGGUAACGUUGUAAACUACGGUUGUUCCGAACUAAUGACGGCGGAACGCAUAGGAGAACGAAGCGCUAAACUGGUGUCGUUCUUGGACCUGGCGGGACACGCCAAGUAUCAGCGCACCACACUUCAUGGACUGUGCGGAUACUGUCCUCAUCAUGCUAUGCUUGUGAUAUCAGCCACGGCUGGAGUUACUCGUAUAACGGAAGAGCAUCUCUCCCUACUCGUGGCUUUGGAUCUGGAUUUCUUCGUUGUCAUCACUAAAUGUGAUAUAGCGGGAGCUUCGUUAAAACAACUGUUGCAACAGCUAGCUGAUAUACUGGCGCAGACUAAUAAGAAACCUCUAUUGAUUACGGAUGAGAAUCUAGCAAGGAACUGCGUAGCACCGCAAAAACUAAUCAUAGACACCAUAGACAACGGACUGGACGAGAAACCGCAGCGGAAGGAAGAAGACGUCGGGCUAUCUCCCGUGCCCGUGUUCCCAGUUAGCUGCGUUAAAGGCGUAGGAUUGAAUGCCUUACAUGCAUAUCUACUAGCUCUACAACCUCCAGCGCCGAAACAACAUGACAACGAUACAUGUGAGUUUCAAAUUGACGAAAUAUUCCACGUCGGCGACUCGAGCGGCCCCGUAGUAGGGGGUUUAAUGGCUCGCGGACAACUGUUCGAGGGAGACAACCUCAUCAUAGGACCAUUCGAAACGGGCGAAUUCAAAGAGAUAUCAGUCCGCACUAUAUAUAGAAAUCGCGCUAGAUUCGGUUGCGUUAGGGCAGGCCAUUGCGCUAGCUUGGGUUUAGCCGCUGACCAACCAAUGAGAUUGAGACCCGGCAUGGUUUUACUGACAAAACCUCAUAAAUACAAUAGCGGUCCGAAACCAGUGUUCGGGGGAUGCCCUAAAGGGAAAUGCAAAAUGCGGAACGAGGUCACUGACAUAGUACUAAACAGUAUUCACUCCAAAGACAAGAUAAAGAAUCGUAAGAACGUCAGAAGGAAAAACAAGAAUCUCCUACAGGACAUAGCCAAUGUAGAGAGUUCCCUAGUGAAGACCAUUGACAACGAUCCUAACAUUUAUAAAUCGGACAGCGACGCCGAAAGGGAUGAGGGCAGGACGAAGAUCAUAGACAAGACAGACGAGAAUGUUUACAGAUCUGACAGCGACGGUGACAAAGGGAACGGCCAAGAUUGCAUCUGCGGCGAUUCUGUACUUCUAGAAGAUCCCAACGACCCUAGAGGAUGCAUGUACUUUCAGGCUUCGGUACAUGUGCUAAGGCACUCCACUGCAAUAUAUCCCGGGUUCCAAUGCACGGUACAUAUUGGGAAUGUACGACAAACAGCUAUUAUUGAGGGUAUAUUAUCGAGGAACAGUUUGGUAAGGGCGGGUGGCUGGGCAGCUCUAGUAUUCCGUUUGACCAGAUGUCCGGAAUAUCUUCAAAGGGGAAGAAGAUUAUUAUUAGCAGCCGGACAAGGCACCAGAGCCAUCGGGCGUGUCACUCAAGUGUUCCCAUACGUACCUUGAAUAUAAGGAACCACAAAUCUAAGGGUUCCAAACAACAGAGCCUUAUGGGUAUUGUCUGUUAGUAUUUCAAAGCAAUUUGUCUUAAAGAAAUCUUUAUAAACUGCCAUUAUCAGAACUCGAAUUAAGUAUCAGGUGUGAUGAGAGUUAUUGCUCUCUUUCUUUGCAAU